AUGCCCCCCUCCCCCCGCACCCUCGCCGUCCUCCUCGCAUGGGCAGCCGCCGUCGCCCUCAUCCACACCUUCGUCUUCCCCCUCCCCCUCCCCGCCUUCUCCCUCUCAAAGCCCACCGCACAGCAGCACUUUCUUUCAACCACCUUCCCCCAGCCCCCGCACCGGGUCGGCGACGACCAGGUCGACUCGGUAGACCCCAGAUGGCGCCCCUUCGACCCCCUCCCGGCCCCCGAGCCGCCCUUCCCGAGGCUCAGGCCGACCCGCUUCCUCCCGCCAAAGUGUCUCGAGCAGUGGUUCAUGGAGGGCGAGACCCUCUGCGGCCCCUCCGACUUUGGUGAGGAGGAAAAGCUCGACGCCACCUGGCUCUGGGUCAACGGCUCAGACCACAGGUGGCGAGACAGCAUGGUCGCAUGGCGAACCAAAGAGGACAUCUACUCGCCCGAACAUCACUUCCGCGAACAGAACGAGCUCGUCCACUCGAUGCGCUCCAUCCUCGACGCCCUCCCCGGCCGCAUGCGCACCUUCCACCUCAUCCUCGCCGACUACCCCUUCAACUAUCCGCAAGACCUCGACCUCGUCCCCGAGUCUGUGCUUCCGCAGCUCGAAACCGCUGCGGCGUCCAGAAUCAAGGGCCGUACCCACGCCCGAGACAUUCCUGCCGGUCCUUCUCACGGCGGCAACCUUACGGAGCGAGUCUCGACCGCCGACAUCUCCCCCGCCCUCGCAGAGUAUCUCAAGGACCAGUGGCGGGUCGUCCAGACACCCACCUGGCUCGACUUUUCCCGCAGAGACCCCUCCAGCCCGUCGCACCCAUUCCACCCCUAUUCCGUCACCAAGGAGGGCAAGAGCGCACAGCACUAUGCAGAAGCCAACUAUCCCACCUUUAGGUAUGCUGCGCACUCGGAAAUCUUCCACUUGCCUUCUGGCGACCGCGACGGACGACACUUGGGCGAGGCCGAUUGGAGGGAGCAGGAAUGGCGCAAAAAGGCCCUGCCGAGUUUCAACUCUAUGGCCAUUGAAGGCAGAAUCGGAUGGUUGCCCGGACUCGCCGAUGCUGUGAUUGCGCUCAACGACGAUUUCUUCCUCCUCCGUCCCCACGCCGUCUCUGAUUUCCACUCACCCCUCUACGGCUCCGUCAUUCGAUUCGACCACGGCUAUGGCCAGCAAGUCAAGCCCGACAUUGACCGCAACAAUAUCAACAAUGCUGGUGAAAUUGGCGGUCUCUACCACGCCAACGCUUUGCUUUCCCAGCGAUUCCCCCACCGACUGCGUCCGUACUUUGCCCACGUCCCCAAGACCAUCACCCGAGGCUUGCACCACGAGGCGAGCUUGAUGUUCAAGGAAGCCAUGGCGGACAGUGGCGAGAGGCGAUUCAGAGAGAUGAAGCUUGGUGACGGUGAUGUGCAGAUGCAGUGGCUGCUUACUGCUUUGAGAGUUGAAAGAUGGCGAGAAGCACUCCUCUGGACUUGGGUCGUGACCAACAUGGGAACCCGCGGAUCCACCAAGGCCCACUGGGACGACAACACUCGAUCUGAAAUCAAGGACCUCUUUGGCUUCAACGACGGCGACGGCGAUGUCGUCAAGAUUCAAGUCCACCGAGGCGAGAGGUGGACGCUCGAGAAUGGCAGGAUGCACAAGGCGUUCGAGCAGGCUGGAUGGGAGGCGCCCAAGGCCACCGAGUUCUUGUGGUCUUCGAUGGACGGCCCCAUGCCCCACCUCCUCAAGAAUGGCAAGGACCCGGAGGAAAACAACAAGUGCGUGCUCGACCUCAACCGCUGCUUUGGCUCCUUCUGGUCUCGCGGAGAACACUUUGCCUCCGACGACAUGUUUAAGCGACUCACUUUCCAGUACCCCGAAUGCGGCGACUGCUUGACAAUGGCUCUGGUCACCGCCUCUGGCCCUCUCGGUCUCUCUGCAUUCUUCCCUCCCAAGGACACCACCUUUACCGCCCCCAAGCUCAAGCCCAACGCCGAGUACCCCACAUUCCUUCCCCCUCCCCAUCUCCCCCUCACGCCCACCUGGCACGAGGCCGAUUUCUCUCUCGAGAGCGUGAUGGCCAGCACCGCCUUGCCCGAAGAAGAGGUCGAUCUUCGACAAUACUCUAUGAAGUUGCUCUCGCGGUAUCUGUAUCUUGAUGCCAAAUCCGUGUCACACUUUCACAUGCUCAAGAAUGCCGAACACGCCGGCCGCGUCUUCAAGCAGAUCCAAGACACCCCCAGUGUAUCGAUAUUAGGAAUGAACGACGACAUUGAAGCCGAUUACGACGAAACCAAGCGUUUGAUGAACGAAUGGUUUGAGAUGAGGUGGCCCAGGAAGGCGGUAUGGGAGAGGGAUUGGGAUGCGGUCAAGGACCGAUAUGUGGACUAG